UUUUCAUUUUUCAGGAUUAAUCUAUGGUUUACUUAGAAGACUUCAAUGUGAAGUGAUGUAUCUCUCUAUGAAGAAGUGCAGCUAUGCUUCAGACUUUCUCUUCAAUCAUAGACUUUGAUGUUCAGACUAAAUCUAUUAGGGGUGCCAUCAACCCCCUGGCCAAUCAAGUUGCCAUAAUGUCCUCAUACUACAACAAAAAGAAAGGUGUUAAGAGCAGGAAACUUCUACAUCAUGCUAAGUAUGUGAAUGAAAUUUGUUAUGAACUGAUAAAGUUUGCCAGAGAAGUUGCUAAAGAACAUCCAGAUGUUGAAUAUGAACUCAAUCAAGCAUGCAACAGAACAUGUGACGUUUACAAUGUGAUGAAGAUGAAAAUAGAGGGAGAUGAUAAGCAUGAUUCAGCUGGCACCAUAAUAGACAUAGCUAAGCAACUCAUAAAUAAUGUUGCUCGGAUACUUAUUGUAACAGACUCUGCAGAUUUGAUUUUAAUUGAUAAAACUAUUGAAGAUGUGAAGCAAUGUUUGAAAGCUGUUGAACAAUCCAUCGAAAUUUGUGCUUUUGAUGAAAUCUUUCAAAAAUUGAGAAGCGUCAUGGAUGUUUUGAUGAAGCAAAUUGCUAGUAGACAAAUGGAUCUUUUAGACUCUCAGAAAAAGGAUGAAUUGGGGUUAGUCCGGUCAAUGUGGAUGCGCUGUAAAGAGAGAUUAUACACUUCCUCUAGAGUUGCUAUUGUACAUCCUGAAUUAGAUUCUGGUGUAACAAACCGGAAUUUAGUACUACAGGAAAUAAGUGAUUCAAUCAAAAAACUGCAGGCACUCAUUAAGGGAAGAUCAAGUUCUGAAUCACAGAGUAAAGCUGGCAUUCUAGCUUCAUGUUUUGAAGAAUUUGAAGUGAGUGUUAUCUUCGCUAACAAGAUGAAACGUGAUCAACAAAAUCUACUUCAAAACAACUUAGCUAUAAUUAUCAAAGAGGCAUCAUCUAUUGCUGAUUCUGCUUCUACAAGAGAGGAAAGGCAGCAAAAUAUCCACAGACUUUGCAAAGACUGUGAAAUGUUGUUAAAUGUUCUCAUCCACUCUAAUCCUGACUGCAACAAUGACAAACAUAUUGAGAAAAUAUGUUCAACAACUGGUCAACUGAGGCAUUAUCUACAACUUGCAACAUUGGAUCAUAUUGUCGACUUUUAUUUUUUACCCUACAUACCGUUUCAAUGGCUGUACUCUAUUUCUGCUGAAGGGGCUAAAGACAAAGAUCAGCUCAAAGAAAGUGAACAUGAGAUGGUUCAGCAUGUUCUAAACCUUGAAAUGAUAGCCAGAAUGGCAUGUUCACUUUCUGUAGAAUCAUAUCAUAACAAAGUGGUUAGGUUUGCGAUCGCCAAUAUUGCUAAUUUGGUGAGACAAGUUGUUUUUGCAACCCGUAGUUUGGCAAAUCAACCUAAAAGUGAGCUUAUUAAACAUAAUAUGGAUGUUUACAAGAAAGCAUGGUCAAAAGAACUGAACAAUUUGGUUGAAGCUGUAGAUGAAAUCACACCAGUUACAGAAUUUUUGUACAUAAGUAUUUCACAUGCCAAAGAAAAUGUGGAGCUUAUCUCUCAGAUUCUAGAGGCAGAAUUCUCAUAUCAAAAUGAGAAUAACGGUGGUGAAAAGAAUUGGGCAGAUCUGGAUCAAACUGUAGAUGCUUUGAUAAACAGGACUUUGCGUGUUUUGAGUGUUAUCAGAGAGGAGCGUAGAAAAGUCGUUGAUGAGCGAUAUCUUGCAAAUGAUCCUGUCAUGGGUCGAUGUCAACACCUUGCUAAAUAUGCAUUAACUGAAACAAAGAAGCUUUGUGAUGAGAUUGUCAAAGAAGGCAAGCCAAAAAAGGAUGCAUUGAAGAAAAGAGCAAACGACGUAGUUUCUCAAUUAUGCAAGCUUCAAAUUGCAUUUUCAAAAGCCACUACAAGAUGUGAUGCUUACAUUGAAUCUUUUUAUGCAGAAUGUGACACAACUGAGCAUGAACUAAAUAGGAACGCUAUGUCCAUUGCUGUGGAUAAGCCAUUGCAAAGCUGUCUCAAGAUCUGUGCUAUUUUAAAAGUUAUUGUGUCUAAUGUGAAAAGUGGGGACUGCAUUCAACAUUGGCCAGUUGUUAUUCAGAAACUGAAGGAACUCAAUGCUGAGACCAGCGGACUUGAUUUCUGUGUUAGGGACAUUGUUACAAAUGGCAGAUCCUCUGCCGUGAAAAGUGACUUGAUUUUGGAGUAUUCCAGUAAAGUUGUGGAAUGUUCAAGGCACAGUUUGACUGUAGCUAUGAAAGAUAUGUCACAUUAUGUUUGUUAUGGAGAGGUUUUUGUGUCUCUUCUCUCGUCUGCUAAAACUAUUAUCAUAAAUAUACCUGAGAUAUAUAAAGGGUGUAUGUUAUUCAACAGCAAACGGAAAAAGGUUUUCAAGAAAUAAUUUAUGCUCGGUUUUUAUUAACUUCUAGGUAAUCAACUAAAGAUUUAUCUCUGCAGAUUUAUUUUUAAACUUUGUGUAAAAUAACUAUUGUUUAUAAAAACUGUUAAAACCA